AUGAUGCGCUCCACUCCGGCCCUUCGUGCGCUUCGCCUCCCCCUCGCCCGCGGCCUUUCGUCCAGCGCGACCUCGUCGUUUGCGCAGCCCGCCGAGACGCCCGCCCCAAAGCCCGAGGUUCUCAAGAGCUUCAAGAUCUACCGCUGGAACCCCGACACUCCGGCUGAGAAGCCCAAGAUGCAGGAGUACAAGGUCGACCUUAACCAGUGCGGCCCGAUGAUGCUUGAUGCUCUCAUCAAGAUCAAGAACGAGAUGGACCCCACCCUCACCUUCCGUCGUUCGUGCCGUGAGGGUAUCUGCGGCUCCUGCGCCAUGAACAUUGACGGUGUCAACACGCUUGCCUGCCUCUGCCGUAUCGACAAGGACACGGCAAAGGAGGCAAAGGUCUACCCCCUUCCCCACAUGUACGUGGUCAAGGACCUCGUGCCCGACCUCACCCUCUUCUACAAGCAGUACAAGUCGAUCGAGCCUUACCUGAAGAACGACAACCCACCGACCAAGGAGUUUUACCAGAGCCAGGAGGACCGCAAGAAGCUCGACGGCAUGUACGAGUGCAUUCUGUGCGCUUGCUGCUCGACCUCGUGCCCGUCGUACUGGUGGAACCAGGACCAGUACCUCGGCCCCGCGGUUCUCAUGCAGGCCUUCCGUUGGGUCUCGGACUCGCGUGACGCCUACACCCAGGAGCGCAUGGAGAACCUCCAGAACAACAUGUCUCUGUACCGCUGCCACACCAUCUUCAACUGCACGCGGACGUGCCCCAAGGGUCUCAACCCCGGCAAGGCGCUCGCCAUGCUCAAGCGCGAGAUGGCGACCGGCCUGGGUGCCACUGGACCCAACUUGACUUAA